GUUUUCGUAAUCACAUGAAACAUUUUGUUCAGUUGAUUCUAAAAUUGGAAUGUAUACGGACACGAGUUUCUGGCUACUCGCGAGUAAUUCACUCCAACGUGAUAAUUUGAUAUUCCUAUCUUCACUUCUUCUCUGCUCAAUAUCUCUUCUGAGUUCCAGUGCACUUUUCUCUUCAAUUGAGAAUAUUUCAUAUCAAAGUUCCGCUUAUUUCGGAUUUAUGACUAUUUUUGGAAUUAGUUUCGGAGAUAUUGUUCCUACAAAUUUAGUAUGGUUCAGUGGAUAUUGUUUGUUCUUCUUAAUUUCUGACGUGCUGUCAAAUCAUAUUUUUUACUUUUUCCAGGCAAGGGUUCGAUACUUCUUCCAUAUUCUCGCUCGAAAAAUUUUGUUAUUGAGAGAAGAAGAUGACGGAUUUCAAUUGGAAACUACAGUAUCCCUGCAACAUAUUCCAAUUAUUAACAGCCAAUGCAUGCCUAGCUUGGUUCUGGACUGCGAAAAGGAAGAAUUGGACAAUGACGAGAAGCUGAUUUCAUCUCUCACAAGUACAUGAGAAUCCAACAGUUAACUGAACUAUUGAUGCAUUGAAAUUUUACAAUCAAUAAAAAUAUUUUUUGUU